AAGUUUAGUUGGAAGACAAGCCAUAUAGUUGCAGCAGCAACAGCAGCUUUCAAGGAGAACCUUUGUACCUUCAGGAGGACAGACUAGAAGAUUUGAAACGACAAAGGGGAAGCAGAUAUAUUAAAAUGGCCAGCAUCAUGAGCACUGCAGGGAAAGUCAUUAAAUGCAAAGCUGCCAUUGUCUGGGAACCUAAGAAACCAUUUUCUAUUGUGGAAAUAGAAGUAGCCCCACCAAAGGCACAUGAAGUUCGCAUUAAGGUUUUGGCUUCUGGAGUCUGUCGCUCAGAUGACCAUGUGUUGAGUGGCGCAUUAAAGGUGAAUUUCCCCGUUAUUCUUGGUCAUGAGGCAGCUGGCAUUGUGGAGAGUGUUGGAGAAGGAGUUACCUGUGUAAGACCAGGUGAUAAAGUCAUCCCGCUCUUUGUCCCACAGUGUGGAGUCUGUAGCAGUUGCAAACAUCCCAGAGGCAACCUGUGCAAAGAGAACGAACUUGGCUUUACAGGAUUACUGAAUGAUGGCACCACCAGGUUCACUUACAAAGGGAAUCAGGUUCACAAUUUUGCCAACACCGGCACCUUCACAGAAUACACUGUGGUGCAUGAGAAUUCAGUGGUCAAAAUUGAUGCUGCAGCUCCUCCAGAAAAGGUGUGUCUGAUUGGCUGUGGAUUUUCUACUGGCUACGGUGCUGCCAUCAAUUCUGCAAAGGUGGAGCCUGGUUCUACCUGUGCCAUUUUUGGUCUGGGAGGAGUCGGUCUGUCAGCGGUCAUGGGCUGUAAAGCGGCUGGAGCUUCCCGAAUCAUUGGCGUCGACAUCAAUAAGGAUAAAUUUCCCAAGGCUAAAGAGAUGGGAGCCACUGAGUGUGUCAACCCUCUGGAUUUUAAGAAGCCCAUCAAUGAAGUGCUGUUUGACAUGACUGAUGGUGAAGGUGUAGACUAUUCAUUUGAAGUGAUUGGGCGCACAGACACCAUGACUGCUGCCUUGGCUUCCUGUCACAACAACUAUGGGACCAGCGUGAUUGUCGGAGUGGCCCCUUCAGCAUCUGAGAUUACCUUCUCCCCGGCACUGAUCUUCACUGGCCGCACUUGGAAAGGAUCUAUAUUCGGAGGUUGGAAAAGCAAAGACUCUGUCCCUAGGCUGGUUUCAGAUUUCAUGGGGGGAAAGUUUGCUCUAGAUCCAUUAAUUACCCACACUUUGCCUUUUGAUAAAAUCAAUGAAGGCUUUGAACUGCUCCGGUCAGGAAAAAGUAUUCGCAGUGUCCUGGUAUUUUAAGGUCCAUGGUGGUGAGGACAGUGGCCUUUGCAAGCUGAGUUUCAUCAGAUCAACAGAUUACACAUUGCCUAACAGGACAUCUGUGGAAAUGAUUGGAUUCUGCUGUGUUGCCAGUAACAAAGCUACUUUAUCAACUCAUGGGUUGAUCCCAAGGCAACAAUGUUUUUCUUCUACAUGGAACAGAAGAAAAUUACUAUAAAUACAAGAUGUCCUUUGCGUUGUGGUUCAAGCUUUCAGUAGUGAUGGAUAUCCUGUUCAAUGAAGCAAAAACACAAAUAGCAAUAAUCAUGUAUUUCAAAAGUGAAACAUUGGCCAGUUUAGGCAGCUGCCCUAAUGCAGUGGGACUUAUCUGACAGUACACAGGCAUAGGACUGAUAAGUUAAUCACUAUGCUGAAAUCUGUCUACAGAAAUAAAUGUGGUGUCUUUUUACAUUGUUAAUUAAGAUAAGGUAUUCAGCUUUCUCAGCGAUGCACAAGUGAUAAAGAUUUCCUGAAUACUUAUUUUAAAACAUGCUAUAAUUCUGGGAUUUGGCUUUGUAUAUAUUGAUAUGAAAUGUUGGCAAUGGUUAAAAAUAAAGCUUUCGCUGUUUAAAUUUCA